UAAUUUGGCAAAUCAAAAAUUACCAGAUUUUUUGUUGUCAAUUGUCAUUUCUUAUUUCUUGUAUGUCUUGCAAAAAUGGCAGACGAAUUGGAAGAUGAUCAGUGGUUAUACGGCGAAACUCCUGAUAUAAAUAGCGGUGAUGCCGCAAAUAGGACUCAAAAAGGGGAACAACCGUCUUCUGAACCCCAACAAGUCUCGGCAGUGCCUGCGCCUCAAGCGGUAGAAGAUGACGGCCCUCCAGGAGUGGAUAAUAUUGAAAAAGAGAACGGACAGGAUAAUGAAGAUGGCGUGGAAGAUGGAGAGGUAAGACAGAAUGGAGAUGACAGCGAGAAAGAAGAUUUGGAUGACGACAGUGACGAUGAUGUGAACGUUGUAAUCGGUGACAUUAAAGCGACUACACCUUCGUACACCUCACUGAAUAUUAAAAGAGGUGGUUUGUUAACAUCUGUGGGGGAUAAGAAUAAACCCGUACCACAACAGCAACAGCCAGGGAAGUUCUCUGUGGAGGAAUUCGAUCAAAUAGGCACUAUCAACGGCGUACCUGCUACCGAGUAUAACUUGGAUUCUUUGGAAGAUAAGCCUUGGAGGAAGCCUGGUGCUGAUAUUACUGAUUACUUUAAUUACGGGUUUAACGAGGACACAUGGAGGGCAUACUGUGAACGGCAAAAAAGAAUGAGGGUUAACGAAUCGGGAGUGGGACUGGCCCCGAUGAACCCGAUAGGCCUUCCGAGAGGACCCGUGCCCAUCAUGAACGACAACAGUAAAUAUGCAGGCAAUUUCUUAGGUAUGCGUAAAGCCGGACCUCCGCCAUUUAGAAAACUGACAGGUGGUAUUGAUGUUGUAGGGGGAGCGUCUCAAAGGUCCGUCCCGCCAACCCUCAACAAGGCUGAACCUCCCAAGAUGAACACCAUACAGGUAAUGACAGCCGAUCGGAGAGAGUACAGCAGGAAGCCUACAGGUUUUCCAGAUUUGAGCGUCCCGCCGCCACAGGCAUUUGACAGUUUCCAAGCCGAUUACAGUUUCAAUCCCGAACCGGAACCGUUCUACGGGGGAUACGAGCCUACCCAAGAUUCACAGUGGGGUAACGAAGCGGAGCCAGGCUGGGCCCCGUCGGAUCUGAAGACCCUCACGGGUCCUCCUCCAAUGGGUCCGCCUCCGGUGCACAUGGGACCACCGCCGAUUAUCCCACCGGUACGAAUGUCUUCUCCCGGGAGCAGGCGUGAGGGUAGCCCCCACAAGGAGGGCCGCGAUCGAGAUAGAGAACGGGACAGGGAAUCCAGCCGAAGCCGUUCCGAGAAACCGAGAGACAGAGAGAGGGAAAGGUCUCACAGACGCGAGAGGUCCCGCAGCAGGUCCAGAAGGCACAAGUCCAGGUCUAGGAGCCCCAGUCAUAGGUCUCAUCGGAAAAAGAAGUCGAGAAGGCACGAGGACAGCGAUUGAGAGGAGGGGAGCGAGGCGCGUUCGUAAUAGAUAAGGUUCAUUAUGGUUUCCGAGUGGGAGGAUCAGUUUCCAUUAGAGGAUUUUUGUAUUUGAUUAAGUUAAUAAAACUUACUGUGUCUGAGUUGUA